AGGUAGGUAUAACCUAAAAAUUGUUUUAGUCCAUUUUCGUUUUGUUUACUUUAUAGUUCAUACGGAAUUCUGGUUACUUCUUGCCUCUUGGUACGAACUACGAUACUCAUAUUCUAUUAUUGAAAUUAUUCAAUUCAAGUAGGAACCAUGUCGAUCAAGCCCAAGUAUCGUCCACAAAUCAUCAAAAAAAGAACUAAGAAGUUCAUCAGACAUCAAAGCGAUCGUUAUGAUAAACUUAAGCCCAACUGGCGUAAACCCAAGGGUAUUGACAACAGAGUUCGUAGACGUUUCAAGGGACAAUAUUUGAUGCCAAAUGUUGGUUAUGGUAGUAACAAAAAGACUAGACACAUGCUACCGUCCAAGUUUCGUAAAGUGCUUGUUCAUAAUGUUAGGGAACUGGAAAUGUUAAUGAUGCAAAAUAGAAAAUAUUGUGCAGAAAUUGCCCACGGUGUGUCAUCCAAAAGCCGGAAAGUUAUUGUCUCCAGAGCACAAGAGCUAUCAAUUAGAUUGACCAAUGGAAAUGCUCGUAUCCGAACACAGGAAGGUUAAGUUAUGUAAAAAAAAUAUUAUUAAUAAAAAAAAACAAAACAUA